UUGUACCCGACAACUCUUCAUAGAGUAGAGUUGAGCAAACAAAUGCGGAGGAUGAAGAACAUUUUACUAAUAGUAUUAUUUGCGUGUUUCAUGGAAAUUUGUAGGGGCAAUAAAGGAAAAUGCAUCGAUACAGAACUGGUUCCAGAUUUGAAUAAAUGCUGCACUGUACCGGAACCUUUCAUGUUCACCAAAUCCUUCGUAGAGAGUUGCGUUUCGAAGCACAAAGCGUUGAUAAAUGACCAUGACAAAUUUUAUACGUGCCUCUGGGAUUGUAUUUGGUCGGCGUACGGACUUUUCGACGGAAAUAGCAUUGUCCAGGAAAAGGUUCUGGAGUUGACCCGUUCAAUGGAAAAAGUUGCCCAGGAAACGGUUUUAUUUUCCGUGGCUCGUUGUCACAAGGAGAGUAACAUCAUCAACCACCGUAAAAACGAAAAGGGUAACGAGUGCGAUACUUUUGCAUUCAAAUAUAUGUUUUGCAUAAAGAAAGCGAUACUGUUGAAUUGUCCCGACAAGUACUGGAAAAUUGAACCUCUUUGUGAUGAGUUCGACAGUGGGGUUCCGUUAUGUGAAUGAUCAUGUCUACUACUAGAUUUUCGAGUGUGACGUUUGAUUUUUGGCAUUUUUUAUUAUGACACAUAAAACAUAAAAUGCCUCGUUGGCGUUAAGGUGUUCCAUGUUGUUAAAUAAUCAUCCUCCUUUCGAUGCAUAUUAUAACGUGGCCAUUCUAGCUCAACUCCACGUUUAUUGAAUUAGUUAGGAACCUUAUCCUCUAAUCUCAUAUAGAGUGUCACACAUAUAUUUGCAUCAGGCCGAUGACAUAGUGAGAGCGAAUUGGCGAACGCGAACAAAUCGGCAUCUGCUUCGCCGCAAUCAGUAUGUUAGAUUUAAGCGAUUCACAUGCGAAAAUAAAA